CAGAACAGUAAGGAUCUAUACAUCGACGGAGGGAGGACUCCAAGAAGAUUUAACUAUUUGGCCUGAGAGCCAAGCUUCACGUCUGGAGGAAACCUGGCACCAUCCCUACGGUGAAGCACAGUGGUGACAAUAUCAUGUUGUGGGGAAGUUUCUCAGGGGCAGGGACAGGGAGACUAGUCAGUAUUGAGGGAAUGAUGAACGGAGCAAAGUAUAGAGAGAUCUGCUACAGAGCGCUCAGACUGGGGUGAAGGUUCACCUUCCAACAGGACAACGACCUUAAACACACAGCAAAGACAACGCAGGAGUGACGUCGGGACAUGUCUAUGAAUGUCCUUUAUUGACCCUUCCAAAGUCUGGACUUGAACCAGAUUGAACAUCUCAGGAGAGACCUGAAAAAAGCUGUGCAGCGACACUCUCCAUCCAACCUGACAGAUCUUGAGAGGAUCUGCAGAGAAGAACAGGAGAAACUCCCCAAAUACAGGUGUGCCAAGCUUGUAGCGUCAUACCCAAGAAUUCUUGAGGCUGUAAUCGCUGCCAAAGGUGCUUCAACAAAGUACUGAGUAAAGAGUCUGAAUAGGAGAGUAUCACCAUGGCGAUGUUGACCAUAUUUCUGCUUCUCAGCGCUGCCUUUGCUCUGGGUGAUGCAAGAGAUCUGAAUGACACAGAGAAUCAAAUUAUUGAGAAUCUGAUACGCAACCUGCCAAUUGAGUCUGAGGAGAUGGGAGCGAAGGAGAAGCGGGAACUACAAUCCAGGAGUUCAUCAUGCCCACCUGGUUGGCACAGAUAUGGGACACUCUGCUAUCACUAUGUCCCCAUCAUGGCCAAAUGGCCAGAGGCAGAGCAUUACUGUUUGCUAUUGGGAGGUAACCUGGCGUCAGUGCACAGCCUCUCCCAGUAUAACUUCCUUCAGUCAGUCAUCCAAAGUAGUGCCAACGGAGCCCAGCGCACCUGGAUUGGAGCCAACGAUGCCAUCAAGGAGGGUCUUUGGCUGUGGAGCGAUGGGUCCAGGUUUAGCUACCAGAACUGGGGCCAGAGGCAACCUGAUAACUACAUCCAUGUUGCUGGGAACGACAACACGAAUGGCCGUGAGCAUUGUAUGGAGAUGAACUAUGGAGAUGACUUCGGGCAGAAUGAUGCAGCCUGCUGGACGCAACUUCCAUUCAUGUGUUCCAGAAAGCUGUAAUAUCGACCGAUUUGGAGAGAAUUCAUGUUCAUUCAUGAACAUUCAACGUUACUCCCCUGGUUAGUCUGUCAUCAUGUUUCGUGUACUUUUAAAUUCUUGCUGAUUUCAUUCAGGUGAUUGUAUUGCCUUAUCUUGAUUAUUGAUGAUUGCUGAUUAUGUGAAGUGACUUUGGGUGUCUAAAAAGCGCUUAAAAUAAAAUGUAUUAUUACAUC